AUGGAUGGCCGGUUCUGCCAGGCCAGGACUCCCUCGCUGCCGCAGGACCUCCCCGACCUGCCUUCUCCUGCGAGCUCCCGAAGCACCAGCCUCCCAUCCGCGAGAUCUGGCGAUGCCGGCCACCAGGACCUGCUACUGCUCUGGCCGCAACCACCUCCGGUCUUCAACCCCGACGCCCGCCAUGACCCUCCUCGCGCUGCUUCUCGUUGGAGUCACCCAUGUCAGCAACCAGCACGACCUCGAGGCCGCACUCUCCUUUCCCCUGCACAGGAGCUCGCAGCUACCACCAUCGCCUCCUUGCUGUUGACAUCCCGAGGCCCCUUGUGUUGUUUUGUGUUGGACGUAAAGACAGGCAAGGUCGACUACAGGGACACCAAGUACCACGACACUGAAGACCCGAACUCCAUCAAAAACCAGUACUCGGUGACCCUGGGGUGCGCCAAGUUCCAUUGA